AUCUGCUUUCCCUUGUUAGUCAGAAGUCGACCGUUUGAAAAUCCCUCUUCUCGAACUGCAACGAUUCUACUCCAACACUGAAACUGAAACUCAAUCUUCUUAUACUUUUAAUUCUGCUCGAGUUUCAACAAUGCCCACGAAAACGCGGUCUCAAGUCUCAUCGGAGCGUCAGAAAUGGGAUCAAAUCUUUGAAGGUUUAGUUGGUAUGCUUAAAACACAGCAACAACAGCUGGAAACACUUAUUAAAGAAAGAAAGAUCCUCGGAGAUCGGAUCAAUAUGCAAUAUGAACGAUGGACCUCUGAUGUUCGUCUCUAUGAAGAUCACAUAUCUCAGAUGAGGACUGAUCUGGAAUCGAAAGAAAUGACGCGUUUGCUUGAGGCUGCUAAAGCCGAUAUGAUGGUAGGAUUGAAGCAAAGAGAAGCUUUUCUUUGCAAGUUGAAAUUAGAGGAAACAUCGGAUGAAUUGACUGAUUUCAGAAUCUGGUUUGACAUCCUCUGUAAAAAUUCAAAUGAUGUUUCUCUUAGGGACCCCAAAGGAACCAAAAAGGGAAUGUUGGGAGAUGAGGAUAUUGGUUCAAAGUCUGUUACUUUGAAGACAUUGGAGGGCAAUUUAAGAAGGCUAAAGCUCAAAUAUGAAAAUCUUGCUUCCGAAAAGAGUUGUCAAAUUGCUGCACUUAUGGCAGAGAAUAAGUUCGCAUGGAACCAGUUCAACAUUAUGGAAACUCAGUUUACAGAUAAGUUAAACAGCAAGAAUUUUGAACUUGACAAAGCUAACAGGAAAAUUGAGGCACUUAUUUCCAAUAUGGAGGAGCUGAGGUCAUCAAAUGCCGAAAAGGAUGAAAUGAUCCAGAUAUUAAAAUCCGAAUUAUCUCAAAAGGAGGCUGAUGCAAGUAGAUUUCAUGAAGUUUCUAAAAUGUCGAGGCAGGUAGAGUUCUUAAGGAAGCCUAGAAGUUCAUCUCAUACGCCUGUAAUAAAACAUUGUACAGCUAGGGAAGGAACUGUUUUGGGAGACGAGAAUGGCGGCGGCAACAAAUGCAGUGUAAACAUGAAGAAAGGAAGCUCCGCUCCACAUGUUCAUGAUUCUCUGAAGGACAAUGGAAGGGGAAGCAGAAGUUCGAAGAGGAAAAAGGAUGAUGAAAUUCGUAUUUCUGAAACUCCAAAUCUAUUCACUUCUACGUUUAAAGUUCCCAGAUUGAGAGACUCCUCUCCCAAGUCAAGAUGAUCUUUCUUCUAAAUCUACUCAUCCAUUUGUAUCUUUUACCAAUGAUUGAAAUAGUGUUUGUGAUUGUGAAUUUGUAAAUUAGAAAUAAUUAACUAGGUGGUUUUGAAAGAUUAUCAUAAAAAUUGGUAUCCAAUCUGACCGUCUCUGUCUA